UCACUGCGAGACUCUGAGGGAGGAGAGGCGGGCAGGAAGACGGUCUCCUCCUCCUUUUCCUCCAUAUCUCCCGCGCCUCUUCUUCCACCUCCUCCUCCUCCUCCACACAGGCUGCCCAUAAGUAACCACAGUGUCCGUGAGGGCCGUCGAGGCAGAUGACCGUCUCCGAGCGUGCCCAGAAGGACUCCAGCAUGGCCGUGGAGAUCAAGGUCCUCACACUCAAUGUCUGGGGCAUCCCGGGCAUCUCCAAGGACCGUGAGGCGCGCAUCGAGGCCAUCAUCCAGCAGCUGGUGACGGGGAACGAGGAGUAUGACUUUGUGUUCCUGCAGGAGGUGUGGUCCAAGGCCGACUACCACAUCAUAGCAUCCAAGGUGAACAAGCUGCUGCCCUUCUCCCACACCUUCUACAGCGGGUGCAUGGGGUCCGGCCUGUGCGUGCUCUCUCGCUCCCCCAUCACAGAGGUCCACUUCCACCGCUUCGCCCUCAACGGCUACCCCCACAAGAUGCUGCAUGGGGACUGGUGGGGUGGCAAGGGGGUGGCCCUGUGCCGCACCACCCGCCAUGGAGUGCCGAUCCUGCUGGCGAACACCCACUUCAUAAGCUCCCCGCUCCCAAGCAAGGGUGUGUGCACCCGCCUGUGUGGCUCAGGCCCAGGGAAGGAGGUGGAGGAGGAGAGGAUUCCCAUAGUGAAUAAAUUCCACGCUGAGUACGACCCGCGGAAUGACGAGUACGUGCACCACAGACUCACGCAGGCCUUCGAGACGUCCGAGCUGAUCCGCUUUGCCAAGAAGUCCGAGGAGGUGCUCAUCUUCGCCGGCGACUUCAACUGCACACCCACCGACUUCGCCUACAGGAUGGUGAAGUUCUAUGCAGGCUUGGUGGACACAUACACCGACAGUCCUUCUAAGACCCCCGGCUCAUGUGGGGAGACCAACCUGACGCCGGCCAACAGCUACACCAACGUCAAGACUCUGCUCACCAACCCCUCCGGCAACAGGAUCGACUACAUCUUCUACCAGGCCUCCGCCACACACAAGGUGAAGACCAAGUUGUGUGACCAGCCAUGGCCGCAGCGAGUGCCACAGCGGGACUUCAGCUUCUCCGACCACGAGGCUGUGCGUGCCGUCCUCACCCUCACCCCUGUGAAAGACGAGGACGUGAGUGAAAGUAUCACUGAGCUUCAGGCGCAAACCGACGCACUGCUGGAGGGGUCAGCAGUGUGCGAGCAGGGCAUGAAGAAGGUGGCAUGCAACAGGCGGAUCUACCUCACCCUGGCCGGCCUGGUGCUGGCACUGGAGCUUGUCUACCUGGCCGUGCUCUCCCUGGACCUCUCCGUGGGGGCGCUGGUGGGCCUGUCCUUGCUCUCCAUGGCUGGCAUGCUGCUGCUGGCCUUCCUCCUCCACAUGGGCACGGUGUUCAGCCACCUGGAGUACAGCGGCGUCCAGGCCACUCGACUAGCCAUCAGGUGCCACCUCGAGAAGCUAACGGAGAGGAACGCGCAAGUGGAGCAGGAGAGGAAACGCACGUCAUCUUUCAUCAAGUAGCUGCAGGGGGCCUCUUGGCUGUCACCCCAUGCAGCGCCGAGGACUGCCGGUGACCUGCAGAGACAGCACAACUGUUAAUGCGAGUGUGACAGAGUAAUAGGAGGCUAACCGUUUGCUUCACCUUUACUUGUAUGGACAACACGUGAUAGUGAGAGAGUAAUGAUCUGGGAGAGUGGAGUGAGUGCAUGAUGACUGUUUGGAUGCUGGAAGGUAACUUGUAGGUUUUAAGAAUCAGCUAUUAUUGCCAGUAACCCCUCUAGUGACAGGGAGAGGGUUACUGAUAUGGGCAUGACACAACAGGAGCAACUAAGGCCAAAACACACAUCUUCAGGGACAAGGAAAGCCAAAAAGACAGACCGAGUGAACAUGUCAGCAGAAAACGAUGUACUGGAGGGGGUAACUGAAGGACACAGGAACCAUGAAGUUACAGUGAGGAGCCAAGAAAACACAACGCAGCCACAGAAUCACCUGCCGCUGCCAUUGUGUUUCCGUGCACCGAGCAUUGCCACGCUCACCAGUAGUGCCGUUGGGGCCACUUAGUCUCCCCGCGGCGUGUAACCCACGACAAUAAUUCACUCGUGAUAAUAAAAGUUGCUUCGAUUCCUAUUCCUAAUACACUUCGUUGAUUCCUACGCCUUCCCGUGCUCUUCCCCCUUAAUGGAUAAACUUCCCUGCUGCAUCUGUGUCAAUUUUGCCUUUAUCAUCUACAUCUCAUUCUAUUCCUAUCACUUUUCAUGUCCUCCAUACCUCAUUCAUGCCUUUCCCUGCCACAUCUUCCUUCUGUGUCAUUCAUUUUAUCAUCAUCUCCACUUAUUCCUACCCCUUCAUAUCUCAUGGACAUACGUUUCGCUAUCUAUUAAUUCGCCAUGUCAAUCAUCUUCACUUUUCCAUUUCCUUCAAUAUUCCUUCCCUUCCUCCUAUGUGGAUAAACUUCCCUGCUGUGUCUGUUUUUUUUCUUUCCUCCUCUCCUGUUCUCAUCCCUUUCACACUUCAUUCAUACAUUACCCUGCCACAUCCUGCUAUCCAUGCUCAUUCAUUUUAUCUUCGUCAUCUCCACCUCUUCCCAUUCCUACCCCCCCUUACUCAUACACACAUUUUUCCUUCAUUUCAUCUUAAUCAUCUCCACCUUUACUUGUCUUUCAUCUAGCGAAUAUAUGUGCGGUAUAAUUUGCACCUAGCGUAUUCUUUGAUGUGUUGUACGUGUCUUAAUCAUCUCUACCUCUUCCCGUCUUUCAUCCUGCCUGUGUGUGUGUAUGUUAGAAUCCCAGUCUCGGUAAUUUCUCCUCGAUGUGUGUGUGUAUGUGUGUGAGAUUGUAUGUGGCUCUCCUGCUUGCCCCCUCCCCCCAUCCUUUUCUUCAGCAUAGGGUGUGUUCAUCAAAUUACAUGCAUCAGCUUAAUUAGUACUCAUAAUGUAAGGAAACAAUCUACUCUGAAAAAUUGAGUUGAGGUAUGAAAAAUUAAUGUUCGAAAAAAGGACUUUAUCAACUCGAAUUCAACUAAUUCUUAUAUCUUAGUUACUGUUUUUCUUUAGUUUUUGGAUGUACUGUUUGAACUCCGCAUAGAAAUUCAACAUUAGGGUUAUAUAUAUCUGCAAUCUCCCUUUUUUCUUGUUCUUUUUGGAUGUUCUAAUUAAACCGAGCGCUACGAUUUCGUCAAUAUCCCUUACUCAUCGUUGCCAGAUUGUUGUACUUAGCCUCUUAUAUUUGUCGAUUUCCAACCCCCAAACAUAUAUAGAGUUAUCAUUUAAAUGGUUACUUAUUGGUGUUUCUUGGCAAUAGUUAUGGGUCAGAAACCGGUAAAAACGAUGCUCUGAGUAAGAUAAUCUGCCCUUACUCUUCAAUAUUAGUUCUUAUAUCUCACUUCAAUUUUCAUUUUUCAGUUUUCACCUUAAUUAUUUGUGAGUACUAAUUGAGCAGAUGCAUACAGUUUGGUCCACCUCCCUCACUAUCACCAACACUAGGUAGUCAUUUUGUACCUCGGCUUGAGCAGCUUGUGUCAAACUCACCCCUGUGGACUGUGAUCUACAACUCUAGUUCAACAUAUUGUACAUACUUGCCUCUAUUUUUGUAGCACUCUAGCCUUUAAGAUUCAGCUCUGGCAACUAAGUAUCUACUGUGUCGUGGGGUGUCUUCGCCACUUUGUACUCGCCAUUCCAAACAGCAUUCGUAUCUGGAAAAAAAAAAAAUGGUUAAAGUUUUUGCAAAGAUAAUUUUAUGAUUUCAAAAUAAUGAAUAUAUCAAUAUCUAACUUAAGACUAUUUCAAUGAUUUUUGGCUCAAUUUUCUAGAAGCUUAACAUGAAUACUAAAUGGACUGACUGUAUGAAUUGGCAAAAAUACCCUACUCAAAUUUCUAUGGAAGGAAUGUUAUGUACUUGUUUGAGAGAAAGACAUUAUGAUUGACUUCUACCGGCUGACUCUACGAUGCAACGACUGACUGUGACGGUCGUGAAACUGUGGUCUUUCCGCAUUUGCAGUGUUCGUUUUAAUGUCUCGUGCAGCAAAACCUCAUUCCAUGCACCAAGAUAGUAAUAUUCCUUUUAACUACAUUAUCAUAAUGCUUGUCAUGUGACCAAAGUCUUCCCUGCUUGCCACUGGUACUCAGACUCCCUGCUGAUGACUGUCUUGUUAUGGCUGUCAGGACACCAAAGAUUAUAAAAACUACCUUCAGGUGAAGGAAAAUUUGUAAGGUACUUGGAGGUAAUUUUUCAAGUGGUCAGAUUGGUUUUAGUGUAUUAAUAUGAAAAUCUUCUGACUGGGUAAAAGCCUGUUUUCUUUUCAUAAGGAAUACUUUUACAUUAAUUAAACAAAUGAGUUGAACUGUAAUCUUUUAGUAUGGAAACCCCUUGCAACUGGAUAAGAGUGUGUUGCCCAAAAUUCCAUUUUCCCAUGCAUCCACAUGACAACUGUGUGUCACAUAACACACAAGAAGUUGAUCCAGACCCAGAAAUGGGGAAACAAAUGUUUCCGACAUCAAGGAUCAAACCUAUGACCUGUCAGACCAAAAGCCACUCCUGUAACCAGUUGGCCAAAGAGGCAGCCCACUGAUAGAGAGGAUUUGGAAAAGCUUUCAGCAUCGUUUUUUUUUUUUUUUUUUUUUCAUACUGAAUGAAUACCCUUAAAUAUUGGAAGACAAAUGACUAACUGGUAUGAUUUAGUAUGAAUGCAUCAUGUAUUUUAUAAACUACUGAUAUAAGAUGAAACUUGAUUCGGAUGGAAAUAGUCACAUUCCACAACUGAAGGUUAUGAAGUUUAUGAAACUGAUCAUUAGGACAGACUUAGAUUUCCUGCUGUAAAUUUUUCUAAACCAAAAUUAAAAUUCUCCCGCUGUUAUUUUUCGUAACUAAAAUGGACGCCAUGUUUAUUGACUCGGUUGUCGUUAGUAGAAGGCAUUGAGUGGCAUGAACUGAGCACCAGGGAGGACUUACACGUCAUGCCAUUGCUACGUGAGGAGUGCCAGUGCCAAUGAAUGGGGCUUUGCUAGCGAUUAACACCCACAACAGUUUAUCAAUCCAACCCAACACUGUCCUUGCCCUUGGGAUGUCCAGUCGCUACACCAAGAUUUUAUAGUGUGUGUGUGUGUGUGUGUGUGUGUGUGUGUGAAGUGUUGCUCAAUCUGUCAUAAUGUGAUAAAUCGACCAAAAAUAAUGAAAUUCAGAUUUUUCUUUUUACUUUGCUUUUUACAAGUUUUGAUAAUACUUGCUUCUUUUAUAUAAUACUUCAUUUGUUACAUAUUAAUAUAUAUAAUAUAAUACAUACAUGCCUAUUAUCCCCAUUGUUAAUGCUGUUUGUCUUAAAUAAUUGAAGCGUGUGACCGAAAGUGAGGCUGGUGUGUGAUGAUCUUGGUGUGUGUGCGUGCGUGCACGUCUGUGUGUAUUUGAUGUUCGUUAUUAAUUGUCAAUUAAAUGCAGCUAAGCAUG